GGUUUGCAUGCAUAAUUCACACUUGGUCAAUCGUGCCAUUAUUUGAAGCACACUUUGCAAAGAACGCUGGUAAAAAUGACGCCUAAAUUAUUACUGGUCGUCCUCCUCGGACUGGUCGGGUGGACCGUGGGGACUCAAGAGGUUCAACAGGGGAACAAGAUGCUAGUCUGCUAUUAUGGCAGUUGGUCCGUAUACCGCCCUGGUAACGGUCUUUUUAACGUGGAAGACAUCGACCCAAGCGUCUGCACGCAUAUUAUUUAUGGUUUCGUGGGGUUGACCGUCGAUGGCGUCAUGGAAGUUUUGGACCCAUGGAACGAUUUGGAAGAGGACGGUGGACGAGGCGCCAUGAGACGAUUCACCAAUUUGAAACAGAGCAAUCCUAACCUCAAGACACUGCUCGCCAUUGGUGGGUGGAACGAUUGUGAACCAUUGGUUGGAAAGAAUUGCGAAAAAUAUGCAAACAUGGCUUCCACCGCCGCUAAUCGUAGACGAUUCAUUGACAGUGUCGUCCCAUUCUUGGCACGUUACAAUUUUGAUGGGUUCGAUCUUGAUUGGGAGUAUCCAACAUUCAGAGGUGGUCGACCAGAAGAUAAGGCCAACUUUGCUCUGCUUUGUGCCGAGAUGAGGGCAGAAUUCAACUCACGAGGCUGGCUUCUCACGGCAGCCGUGUCGGCAGGCGAACCCACCAUCAACGACGCCUACGACAUCCCAUCAAUCUCACAGUCACUUCAUCACAUCUUUUUGAUGGCCUAUGAUAUGCAUGGUGGUUGGGAAAGCUACACUCAUCACAACUCGCCUCAAGGCCUAAUUCCAGAGGAUGCUCCUCAUGCAAACAGCUCUUUCCUCAAUGUGCAAUAUGCCGUCGACGUCUGGCUUAACGGUGGUUGUCCCGCAUCGAAACUGUCCCUCGGCAUGGGAACGUACGGGCGUGGUUGGAUAUUGCAAAGCGAAGCUGAGACUGGAUUUUAUGCCCCCACCAGCGGACUGAUUGAUGCUGGACCUUACACCAGAGAACCUGGGAUUUGGGGAUAUAACGAGAUUAUUGAGAAACAAGCUACCGAAGCAGGUUGGCGUGUGGUGCGAAACGCUGUGAUUGUCGGACCCUACGCAGUCCAAGGAAGGAGGUGGAUUGGUUACGAUGACGUAGAAAGUAUUGGAGUUCGGGUUCAGUACAUUAACCAAAAGGGAUUAGGCGGAGGGAUGUUCUGGUCCAUUGAAACUGACGACUUUAGAGGUCUCCACAGUUCGGAGAGGUAUCCACUGCUCAAAACGGCAAAGCGUGGCCUCGGUUUGUGAAGGUCUGAUUGUGAACAGAAAUAAUCAACUCCUCAUCUGCCAUGCUGUUCAUUUAAAAAUUCACAAUUUGUAAAAAGUCUGAAAUCCAAAGUUAAGUUAACGAAUUUUGGUUUUACAAAAAUAAAUUCCAAGUAAAUUACGAAAUAUAA